AUGACGCAAAAGAUUUCGAUGGUCGCGAUCCCAACAAGUAGCCAGGAUAGGAUCGACCGGUCUUCUCCGCUGUUUGAUACGGUUCGGUAUCUGGUCGUCACUCACGCAGUAGGCGGUAACAUUGCGUACGGUGUGUUGGUAUUCGCAGAAUGUCUCCUUUACCUCUUGCAAGCCGAUACGAGCUUGUCAAACGUUCAAACAGUGCUGACAGAGCUGCGCACGACAACAUGA